CCCUUUAAACCCCACGCGUGUUCAGCGCGUGCAAGUUGUUUUGGUGGUGAGUGUGUUAUGGCUUUUCCUCUUCUCCGUUACAUCCUGUCUGCUCGUAGAUCCAUGGAGUAUAAAAAUGAUUGUUUCCAGCCCUGGGAGGACUACCUGGGUUUGGCGGACCUGGUCAGAAGAAUGCAUCGGUCGGGAAAGCAGUCAGGCUCGGAUGAGGGCGAUUGUCGAACAACCGCCGCGCGCGAGGACUCUCCAAACGGCCCGGGGCGCGCGCGCACGACAGACACGAGCGAGGAACCCUGCAAGAACUCACGCGACCAACACGAGAGGAUGUUUUGCAGUUUCUGCAAGCACAACGGCGAGAGCGAGGUCGUGUUCAGAUCACACUACCUGAAAGACCGCGCCGGGAGCGUGACGUGCCCGUACCUGAGCCAGUACAUGUGUCCCCUGUGCGGGGCCACCGGGGCCAAAGCGCACACGAAGAGGUUCUGCCCGCUGGUGGAGAAAACAUACAGCUCCGUGUACGCCAGGAAAUAAACAUUUCUGACCCGCAGAGGAGCUGGAGGAACGAGACCAAUUGAAAGGACACUUUUUACCAAAGGUUUUAAUGUUAAGCGUUAACUUUUAUACGUAAUGGCUUGUGUGUGAGUUUGCAUGCAUGUGUGUGUGUGUAUCCACGGUUUGAUUUCGCACUUUUUCUUUGGAUUUCCUUCAGUUGUGUGCACUAUGGUCUUGUGUGUUUCACUUUUUAUUUGAACAAACUUGUACACCAGCCAUUAGGCUCGCUACAGGUGCAACCGCCUUUCAACUCUUCUCUACAAACAAACUUUUGAUUUUGAAAACGAAAAAUGUUUUGUAUUUUAUGCAACACCUUUUUUAUUGUGACUUUAUAACUAUUUAAAAAAAAAUAUUUUAAUGUUAAUAUUAGGUGUUUUACUGCUAAGAGAUGCCUUGUGUUUUGAAUCAAUAAGAAACCAGAUGGAACAAUCUA